CAGCCCCUCGAUGGUCUUUCUGAGGAAGAUUUGAAGCUGGUUAUGGAUAUGAAAGCAGAAGCAAUUAAAUCUGUCUUGGCCCAAGGUGGUGAACCUGAUGACGAAGGGGUUUUGCUGACUAUGAGCACCUUGACUGACGAUGGUGUUAUUUCUGUUAAGAAUGCUGCUUGUGAGAGGUUGUUAAAUCAGAGGGUGGAGAUGAAGAUGAAAUCUAAGAAGAUAAAUGAUUGCUUGAAUAGGUUCCAUGUUGCGAUUCCAAAGCCUCGUGAUAACAAAGAGCGGCCUCCUUGUAUUCCUCUGGCAGUUCUAGAGGCCAGAGCGAAGGAGAAUGAGAAGAGGGAGAACAGGAAACUCGAAAGAGAUCUUGAGAACGAGAACGGUGGCGCUGGUGUAUACUCUGCUAAUCUUAGGAAACAUUAUAUUUUGGCCGAGGAGGAGUGGAAGGAAGACAUUAUGCCAGAGAUCUUAGAUGGGCAUAAUAUUUAUGAUUUUGUG